AAGCAAACUAACUUUAGACCCUUUGGUUCCUAAACUUCGAUCCCAAAAGCUUUGAAUUUGAGUGCAGAAAGAAGAAGAAGAAGAAAUGGCAAUGAGGGCAGCUGCUUCAGCAUGUAAAAUUGGGGGAAGGCAAAGAAGCCCUUCUCUCUCUUCAGUUCCUCUCUCUCUCCAACAACUCAAGCUCCAUCAAAUUCAACCCCAAAGAUUCAUAUCAGCUCCUCCUAUUAACCAACCUGGGUUUAAGUCUUCAGUAAGGGCUAUAAGUGGGGCAGCUGCAGAUCCCCUAACUCCAAAGAAAGAAAAUGAUCAAGAACAAACACCUCAGAAUUGGAAGAUUAAAAUGCUCUAUGACGGGGAUUGCCCCUUAUGCAUGCGAGAGGUGGACAUGCUGAGAGAGAGAAAUAAGCGAUAUGGUACCAUCAAGUUUGUUGACAUAAGUUCAGAUGACUACUUGCCAGAGGAGAAUCGAGGGCUGGACUACAAGACUGUUAUGGGAAACAUUCACGCCAUCCUCUCUGAUGGAACUGUGGUCACUGAUGUCGAAGCAUUCAGAAAGCUCUACGAGCAAGUGGGGCUCGGAUGGGUAUAUUCCAUAACCAAAUACGAACCUAUUGCAACAAUAGCUGGUGCUGUAUACGGCGUUUGGGCUAAAUAUCGUCUUCAAGUCACAGGCCGGCCACCCCUAGAAGAGGUUUUGGAGUUGCGAAAGAAGAACAAGGGAGAAGUAUGUAAAGAUGCAAAAAAUUGUAAACUUCCAGAGUAACUGGCACCAGUCGGGAUUUUGAAGGUUUCGUGUUAGCUUGCUUCCAUCGUCUUCCAUAACUUUGGCUUUUAUACAAAUAUUAUAGAAAGGCAUGCAGGUGCAUAAUUUUUCACAUAUACAUACUUUUGCAGAGUUAUAUGUAAACAAUCUGAUGAAUGUAAAAUGUCGAUACGCUGAAUUUCUGCAAUGCUUCAGUUUGUUUGGUUAA